AUUAUGACGUGGGUAGGAAUUCACGGCAAGACAACUGUUUAGAAAAAAACAUAAAAUUCGUGGGACACACAAGCAUUCUAGGAAUCUCCAAUGCUGCCAUAUCCUCCCUGUAACUCGAGGCUCUGCACGGAGCUGCCCGUGGUAGAAGAGAAUGACGUGCCACAGGACUCCCUGGAUGAAUGUCAUUUGACUUCUUCAAUUGGCCAUCACCUGCCAGACACCUGGAGGCCUUGUACAAGGGCCUCAUCCACACGUGACAAGGAGGAAACCUUCGAGGGUCUGGAUGUAGAUGCUCCGAUGCAGUCUCCCUGUCACCAAGGGCCAUCCAGUGGAAACUUGACUUUCCCAAGAGAACAGGUGCAAAGUUCCGGGGCACAGACACAGCCAAGCACCCCGGUGGCUGAUUCCCUGCAACUUCAGCUGGACCAGCAUUUGGACCGUGGUGACAACAGAGCCAGGCUCAGCCUCUCCUCUGCCAUCGGGAGCCUGGGCACCAACAUGGGUUCUGGGGACCAACCGCCACUGCUCCGAGAACUGGCUUUGGAUGCUUCCAUGUGCAUGAAGAACCCUCCCAAGCCGGAGCGUGAUGCUGGUGAGGACUCGAGGGACAGACAGCAUGGCUGUCAAAUCCAUGGCCACAUGAAAGCCCUCCGUGUCAUGAAACAGAAGAUUCCCAAGAGAAUACUGCAGUUUGGCCAGUGGAGACUGGCAUGCAGAUUCCCUGGUCUUCAAGCUUAGGGCCCAGAGAUGACAAAGACUGCAGAAACUAAGAAAAAGAGGCCUGUGUGAAUGAAAACCCCAUCCUGAAACUUCAUCCUGAAACCCCUUCAUUUUCCACUGGAUGAAAGGAAAUCUAAAGCAGCACAUCAAGUUAAAGCCCAAAGAGAGCAUGGGAGAGACACUUUGCUGAGAAUCCACAUCACAAUCCCAAGCCAUUCUCGAUGAUUUUUACUGCAAGAGACCCAUUGGAGGAGAGAGUUUCUUGCCCUUCAGCUCCAGUUGUGAUAAACCCCUCAGGAGACCAAUGCCUGCCUAGAUCACACCCCCGUUUCCAGAGACCUUCAGUCUUGCUGCUCUCAAUUCCAUCCUGCAGAGAACCAGAGUCAGCAGCACCACGGGAAGAGGCCACAUGUCACACUGGACAUUCUGGGCCACCAACUGGGCUAUGCCAGAAGCACACAGCAUUGACUACACCGUGUUCUUCCUAGAGACAUUCAGCCUGAAUUUGAGCACGAGGGAGUUAUCAGACACCUUCAGGAUGUGGACAAUUGAACCAGAUGACCGGUCUGUCUUUCUUCACAAAUCCCUGUCACCACAAAUAAGAGACAGCAACAUGGAGGAGAGAUAGGUUGGGUUCCAAAGGAUGACAAGAAUGUGUUGCUGUAUUUUCUUACUCCUUCGGAACCCAAAAUAUCUCCUCACCGUUAGGUGGCUGUCUCCGGUGGUGGUGACAUUUCCUUGU